GCUGUUAGAGGCGCCUGGGUGAGGCCACCCAGCAGUCGCCCGGGCUCCGAGCCGCGAGCUCCAGUCUCCAGCCAUGGCCCCCGCUCCGCCCCCUGCCGCCUCCUUCUCGCCCUCCGAGGUCCAGCGGCGCCUGGCGGCCGGCGCGUGCUGGGUCCGCCGCGGGACCCGCCUCUACGACCUCACCAGCUUCGUGCGGUAUCACCCGGGGGGCGAGCAGCUGCUGCGGGCGAGGGCCGGCCAGGACAUUAGCGCCGACCUGGACGGGCCACUGCACAGGCACUCGGCCAACGCGCGCCGCUGGCUGGAGGAGUACUACGUGGGCGAGCUGCAAGGGGACCCGCAGGGUUUGACGGAGAGUGAGGCUGUAGCUUCUGAAGAAACGGAAAAGACAGACCCUGACAUUGUACCAAGGCUCAAAGAGGUGGACUGGGACAAGGACCUGGUAGACUGGCAAAAACCUCUCGUGUGGCAGGUGGGCCACUUGGGAGAGAAGUAUGAUGAGUGGGUCCACCAGCCGGUGACCAGACCCAUCCGCCUCUUCCAGUCAGACUUCGUUGAGUCCCUCUCCAGGACUGUCUGGUACAGUGUCCCCAUCGUCUGGUUGCCCCUGAUGCUGUACCUCAGCUGGUCCUACUACCACAUCCUGGCCCAGGGCAACGUCCGACUCUUCACGUCCUUCACAACAGAGUACUCAGUGCAGGUAUCCGGGUCCAUGUUCCCUGGCCUCUUCAUGCUGGGCGUGCUUUUCUGGACCUUGGUCGAGUACGUCAUCCACCGUUUCCUAUUCCACAUGAAGCCCCCCACCAACAGCUAUUACCUCAUCAUGCUGCACUUCGUCUUGCACGGCCAGCACCACAAGGCGCCCUUCGACAACUCCCGCCUGGUCUUCCCCCCUGUGCCAGCUUCUCUGGUGAUCGCCUUCCUCUACACAGUCUUACGGCUCCUCCUGCCCGAGGCAGUGGGGGGCACUGUGUUUGCAGGGGGCCUCCUGGGCUACGUGCUCUACGACAUGACCCAUUACUACCUACACUUCGGCUCGCCGCACAAAGGCUCCUACCUGUACAGCAUGAAGACCUACCACGUCAAGCACCACUUUUCACAUCAGAAGUCAGGAUUUGGCAUCAGCACUAAAUUGUGGGAUUACAUUUUCCACACCCUCAUCCUGGAGGAACCUCACCCGAAGACACAGUGACAACUCCUGCCCUUCCGUCCUGCCCCCAGCCUGGCCCUGGACCCUGCUUGGCCCCCACGUCCCCCAUCCAGACCCUGCUAAGAAGGUUGGCUCUGCCAGCAGGAUGGGCUCUGUCAGGCUUGGGGCUUGGUGGAAGGUGUGGAGGGGACCCUGGGUCAGGACCGCCCUCCCAACUCACCCCAAGAGGGGCCCACCCACUUGGUGGCCAGAUGGCCCCCAGGACCAGGCCAUUCCUGGAGCACCCUUGCCUGGAGCCGAGCCCACAGGACUGCUUUGGGACUUGGCCAAUGGUAGCCAACCCAAGGGGAAUGAAGAAAACUGACCCCUGGGGCCAUGCCUGUUUCCCACCUGUGCCUUAGUGCCUUGGGCUCCCUAGGAGCCUCCCCUUGAGGUCUAGCUCUGUGUUCACAGCAAGGGGUAGGUCUAUGGGGCCUGUGGCCCCGUCUUCCCCUCCUGCCCUUCCUGGGGAGGGUUUGGUGGCUCUGAGGUGGAAGGACUCUCACAAGGGGAGACAGCAUGAAGUCUCCGACAGGCCACCCCCAGGCCCCAGGGCAGCCCCUCUGGCCACUGCCAACACAAAUGCCAGCUGUACUGCCAGCUGCCCCGGGCUGCCAUGCAUCAGUGCUCACACGGCCAACCCUCACCUGCCUGUGCUGUCAGGCCCGGGUGGCAGGUGGGAGCCCUGGCCCCUUUCUGCAGGAACCACCAGCUGCUCUAGCCAUGCGUCCCCUGCCUCCGGAAUCACAACACUUGUCCCCAAGGGCAGUGGAAGAGGCCUCUCUGUUGGUGGCAGCCCCACCCUGUCCGUCCCUGGCCAUUCUUGGCCUCCACCUGGCACAGGUGGGCCCCCGCCCCCAACUCAGGACCCUCCCAGCAGUGCCUUAUCUCCCUGGCAGACAAGGUUCCCAGCCCUUCCUCCUUGUAACCAAAACCCUCACUGUUCCAAAGAGGGUCUUAUUUAUAAACGGUAUAAAUAUUCUUUGGCCCCAGACCAAGUAGCCGGUCAGAUGGCCCUUUCUAAUCCUACAUGUUGAACUUAUGUAAAAAAUUGUUUCCUCCUGGUAUGUUGUGCCCUUCUUACCCACACACCAUUACUACUUGAAACUUUUUAAAAACUCGCUGAGUGUAAAAGCUAAAAAGAAGCAGUUCGACCGAUCUUGUGAUUUGUACUGUUUACUAUGGAGCUAUUUAAAGAUUUUGGAAUAAAUAUACAAAACUACAGUUGUGAGAUAAAAAUUUAAAUAAAUUGUAUAUUUUGAAAAAUAAAACAGUGAAAAGAAA